CACCGAAACGCCGGCACAACCCGCCUCCUCAAUACACGUCAACUUGGAAAAUAAAUAAAGCAAAGAAAAAUAUAAAUAUUCAGCCUAUCGAGAGUUGGAAAAAUGAGUGACAAAGUCGAAGAGCCGGGGCAGAAGGCCCAGGAAAAGUCCACAAAGGAGGCAUACUUCAUCAGCCUUGCGGAGUGGACAAAACAGGCUACGAUUGCACAUAAUGCGAUGCUUAUGUUUCCGUACUAUUUGAUGGCCAACUAUCCGCAGUUGUUUCAGGGACAGGUGGCUCCUGUUCGUGGCCUCCAAUCAGCUACCUUGGGUCAGCCUCAUCCGUCUGCUGUUCCCCCUCUCCCGGCUCCGGUUGCAGGAGGUGCUGCUUCGCCGGGUGCACCAGUUGCAGUUGCUGCUCCACCACCGCAAAACUUCAGUCGCCUGCGAGUCCUGGACGAGGCACAGCAACUGGAGACCAUUCAGCGACUGGGCGGUUACGAGUACGUCGUAGCGCCCUUCUGGAAGCGCGCCGUGGCCGAGACCAUCGAUGUUUUGAUCCUCUUCGUCCUGAAAAUUAUCAUCACAUUCGGGGUGGUGAACCUGUUCGACAUUGAAUUCGAUAAGGACGUCAUGCGUCGCACGUUGGACGAGGAAGACCUGUUCGUAAACUUCUUCGACAUCUCGCUAGACUUCAUAACGAUGUCCACAGACCUUCUGCUAAUCGAGCUGCUCACAAAGCUGACAGUCUGCUGUUACGAGGCGCUUUGGACAUUCUUCUACAAUGGAGCCACGCCCGGCAAAUCACUAAUGAAGAUCCGCAUCCACUACGUGGAGGCUGUGAUGCCGCUACAGGCGCCCGCCCUGCCGCAAUUCGUGCUCCAGCCGCAGCGGGAGCCCAUGAGGGCCCUGCUCUACCCGGCUCAGACGCCCACACUGAUGCGCUCCUUCGCACGCUCCCUGGCCAAGAACCUGGUGAUGACCCUGCUCCUCCCAAUCUGCGUAGUGAUGAUCUUUUUCAAGAACAACCGCACCGCUUACGACAUCAUGACGAAGACGAUAGUGGUAGAGACUAAUUCCAACGCCGUGUUCCGCACCCAAGUGCCACCGCAGCGCAACCGCUGAGAACGGGAGCUGAUCCAGUCAAAGUGUAUGGGAAUUGUGCGCUCCUUCCUAUGCAUAUUUAAUUAGACUUUAUUGUUAAAGCUAAAUUUAAUGUCGUUACGUACUGCUGUCCUGUGAAAUAUAAAAUUAAAUCUCAAA